GCAGGGCUAAGGAUGCCAGGAUUUCCAAUUUAUUGUGUAAAUGUUUCAAAUUGAGCUGGUUAGUACUUCCGAAAUCUCUCCAAAACCCGGCAAUUUUAGCAUAUUGUAAAAAUAUAGUCAUUUCCUAUCUAGACAUUAGUGGAUUACCAUAUAUUUCCACAGAACAAACCCAAAAUAGUCUACAAAUCGAUACGCUUAUCAGGUAUUUUUCAUAUCAGGCACAUUAAAAGUUCUAAAAAACAGGACGCUUAACAGAAAAGUCAACUGACCGCCUGACCAGGAUAGUGGUACUCAUACGGAAAUGGAACGCCGAUAUUUAAAAAACCCGUUCCAUGAUUUCAUUGGCGGCGAGAACACGGCGUUCGCCAGCGAUGAGGAACACAUAAAAAAUCUCAUCUGUACCUACGUGGAUACUAUUUUGGAGCAUUGUCAUCCCAACAGUGACGACGAGGAUGACCGUGGGGAUUUGUAUGUGGGCAAUGCCGGCAUCGCCUUCAUGUUCUGGAAGCUGGCCAGCUGCGAGCAGACGCGUGAUCUCUACCCUCCUGCACUUCAGCAUGCGUCCGCCUUCAUUCGGAAUGCCAAGGCAAAUGCUGAACGCUUCAAGAAACGGUCUGCUGAGCGCUACUCCUUUCUUUGUGGCAAUGCUGGAAUCUAUGCCGUAUCCGUAGCCAUAUCACACGCAACAAAGGACACCGAGGAGCUGUCCAACGACCUGGCGAACUUUAAGUCAGGUAUUCCUUCCAGCAAGGAGUUCAUUCAUACAAAAUACGGCUGCGAUGAGGUGCUGGUGGGACGAGCCGGCUACCUAUCCGGCUGCUAUUGGCUGAACGACGUUCUACCCGAUAAGAAGAUCACCGACGACGACUUAAUCUCUAUUUGCCAGAUGAUUGUGACAAGCGGUCGCGAGUACAGCAAGAUGAACAAUUCCCCAUUGCCCCUGAUGUUCCAGUACCAUGGAACAGAGUACUUGGGAGCAGCCCACGGACUGUGUUCUAUUCUUCAUAUGCUUCUAGACAGUCCCUGGUUUCGCACAGUGCCAAUAUCAGCUCCGGCAGCCGAGUUACGUGAAAUCAAGCGCUCCAUUGAUUACUUUCUCGUUCUACAGGACGCCGAAGGCAACUUUCCGGUGGCGCUAGAAGACUUGCGGUCGGGAAGAGACAAGCGCUUAGUACACUGGUGCCACGGAGCUCCGGGGGCGGUCUACAUGCUGGCAAAGGCCUACUUGAUAUUUAAGGAGGAGAAGUACUUGACAUCCUUGCGUCGCUCUGCCGAUUUGGUCUGGAAAAAGGGAUUCCUUCGCAAAGGUCCAGGCAUCUGCCACGGAGUGGCUGGCAACGGCUAUGUGUUUUUGCUUCUAUUCCGACUAACCAACGAAAUGAAGUACCUUUACAGGGCGCACAAGUUCAUGGAGCUGCUGACCAACUCUGAAUUCAAACAUAGGGCUCGGAUCCCAGAUAACCCACACAGCCUGUAUGAAGGAGUCGCCGGCACUGUCUGCUUCUUGGUAGAUAUACUAGAACCGGAACAGGCUUACUUUCCCUUCAUGGAUGUCUUUCACUAAGCCCAGAAAGUCCGAAUACCUCAAGGACAAGGAUCAAACCGAGAUCCGCGGCCUACGCAUGCUUAAAACGGCUUCUAGUCAUUUUUCACGCCAAACGCAAAGGCAUUUGCGUUAACCAAAUAGAGGUGGGCCGCAGUUUAAGAUGAUCUUAGAACGAUUUCAGGUAUACCAGUAAGCGCAGAAAGUGCUGGAAUGUUCUCAGUCAUUCGCAUAUCAAAAAUAUUUUCGCUUUAAGCUAAGCAAUUAACAUAAUGCAUAAAACUUAUACACACAGAUAUUACAUGAAUAUACAUUAUAUUUAUAUA